AUGCUUCCUCUCAGAAACUUCUUAGCCUCAUUUUCAUCUUCAUCAGCGACUAAAAUGGUUCAAAAACCACCUCCAAGCCCGACUGUUCCUACUGCCAUAAGAGGUAGAGAAAUUGUACAACCUGGAGAAGGGGUCGAGCACGCUACUUUCGCUUCUGGAUGCUUCUGGGGAACAGAACAUCUCUUCUCAAAACAUUAUGGUCAUUUACCCCAGUUUAAAGCCAUAUCAGGAUACACAGGUGGCAAAGCUGAAAAUCCAUCUUAUCGACAAGUAUGUUCCGGUACAACAGGACAUGCCGAAGCUGUUCGACUCACAUACGCUAAAGGAUCAGUAUCAUAUGCUGAAUUAGUUGAAUUUUUUUAUCGAACACAUGACCCUACGACUGUCGAUAGACAAGGUCCAGAUAGAGGCAGUCAGUAUAGAAGUGCAAUCUUUUACGAAAAUAAUGAACAGGAAGAUUUAGCUAAGAAAGUCACUGCUGAAGUUCAAGAGAAAUAUCUUAAAGGAAGACCAAUAGUAACUCAAAUUACUCAAAUUGGAAAAUGGUAUCCUGGAGAAGAUUAUCAUCAAGAAUAUCUUGACAACAACCCAGGCGGAUAUGAAUGUCCCACGCAUCGAUUCUACUGGUAA